ACAAACGAAUUUGGCGCCAGAGUUUCAGCACUCAAGAGAGUUUUUAUUGAAGAUAUUAUUGUGAAGUGUUGAUAUUGUGUAGAAUAUUUUAUAUUUAAGAUGUUUGUAACAGACAUUAGAAAGGAGUUUUAUGAUGUUGUCGUUAAUCAGAGAGUGGCUCUGUUCGUGGCCUCAGACAUUGAUGCUCUGUGUGCGUGUAAAAUCCUGCAGGCUUUGUUCCAUUGUGACCAGGUGCAGUAUACACUGGUUCCUGUGACAGGAUGGCAGGAGCUCAGUACAGCUUUUCUGGAACAUAAGGAACAGUACCAAUAUUUUGUCCUGAUUAAUUGUGGGGCAAAUGUGGACCUGUUGGAGACUCUCCAGCCUGAGGAAGACUCUGUUUUCUUCAUCUGUGAUACUCACAGACCUGUUGAUGUAGUGAACGUUUACAAUGACACACAGAUUAAACUGCUAAUUAAACAAGAUGAUGACCUUGGUGUGCCCUCCUAUGAUGACAUUUUUCGUGAUGAUGAGGAUGAAGACAGCAAUGGAGGGGAUUCUGGGAAUGAGAGUGAUGGUGGCUCAGAGCCAUCUGGGAAACGACGGCGUUUUGAUGAGGGGGCGUUGGAGAGGAGAAUCGAGCAUCAGCGAGCAAGGAGAGAGUGGGAAGCUCGAAGGAGGGAUAUCCUGUUUGAUUAUGAGCAGUAUGAGUACCAUGGCACUUCAGCAGCAAUGGUUAUUUUUGAGCUGGCUUGGGUUAUGACCAAAGAUACCAGAGACAUGCUGUGGUGGAGCAUCAUUGGUCUGACUGAUCAGUGGGUUCAUGAAAAGAUCACACAUAUCAAGUAUGUGACAGACAUUGCUAGUCUGCAAAGGCACGUGUCUCGUCAUAACCAUCGCAAUGAAGAUGAAGAGAACUCCGUCUCUAUCGAUUGCAUGAGGAUCACUUUUGAAUACGAUUUGAGAUUGGCUUUUUACCAGCACUGGUCACUGUAUGAGAGCAUCUGCAACUCCUGUUACACCUCCUGCAGUUUUAAACUCUGGUCCAUCAAUGGGCAGAAGAAACUACAGGAGUUCCUGGCAGACAUGGGCCUCCCACUGAAACAAGUGCGACAGAAGUUUAGCUCCAUGGACAUGUCGAUCAAAGAGAACCUGCGUGAGGUCAUUGAGGAAUCCUCCAACAAAUUUGGAAUGAAAGACAUCCGUGUCCAGACUUUUGGCGUGCACUUUGGCUUUAAGAAUCGUUUCUUGGCGAGUGAUGUGGUGCAUGCUACUGCAGCCCUGCUUGAGAAUGUGGAGAAGGAUGAGACUGCUACAGACAACUUCAUCAAAGCUCUGGAUUGCCUCUCAAGGAGUAACAUAGAAAGGCUGCAUUUGGGUAUUGAUCUUGCCAAGAAAAAGCUGAAGGCAAUUCAGCAGACAGUUGCCAGCUGCAUCUGUACUAAUCUUAUUCUCUCACAAGGACCCUUUCUUUACUGUCAUUUACUGGAGGGAACUCCAGAUGUAAAGCUGUUUUCCAAGCCUUUGGCCUUGACUCUGCUCUGUAAAUACCUGCUCAAGGCCUUUGUCUGCUCUACUCGGAAUAAGCGCUGCAAGCUGUUGCCACUCAUUAUGGCUGCUCCUAUGGAUGUGGAGAAGGGUACUGUCAUUGUUUUAGGCAUCCCUCCAGAGUCUGAGACCUCCAGUAAGAAAAAUUUCUUUGGCAGGGCCUUUGAGAAAGCUGCUGAAAGUACAAGCUCCAGGACGCUGCAUGAUCACUUUGACACUUCAAUUAUUGAGUUGAAGAUGGAAGACAAAGGAAAAUUUCUUGAUGCCCUCAUUACCCUGCUGUCCUAAAGCUUCACUGCGUGCCCCAAGCGUCCCUUAAACCUCACACACCAACAGAACAUCAUUGAGAACUAGGCUAUGAUGUGUCAUCCCACCUGACUUGGUCUCUUGUGAGGGAAAGAUUCUUUCAGAAUGGAAUUUUACAUUGCUAGAGAGCAAAUAUGACAUUUAACAUGUAUCAGUUUGGUGCCAGAUUUGUGUGUAAAUGCGUGUGGAGCCCUUCUGAAGACUGCAGAUGUUUAUCAUCUGAUACACUAGCAUCUUCUUUUGUGUACUUUAA